AAUUUAGACAAUUCAACAGCAGUAAACUUGGAUAAUAUACUAUCAAGAUGACCGAUGACAAAAAAAUGUUCGAUAUUAACGAGUUUCUCAAAAGACAUUUAUUCGUGAAGAACUGGGUAAACUAUAGGCAGCAAUCCUACACAAAAUACGAAUUAAUGCAACUUAUUGAAUCCGUUGAAGCCGCUCUUUCCGUAGAUGACACAUUGGCAAAAAUCUCUCCUCCAGUUACAAUUGUGGGUGAUAUUCACGGGCAAUAUCCGGAUCUUGUACGAGUUCUUUGCAAUCAAAAUUCGAAGGAGGAUGCUAAGAAGAAAGCUGCAUAUGGAUUCUGUAACAGCAGGUUUGUGUUUCUUGGUGACUAUGUUGAUAGAGGGCAUCAUUCGAUUGAGUGUAUUAGUUUGGUGUUUGCUUUGAAGGUCGUUUACCCCACUAACUACAUCUUACUUCGUGGGAAUCAUGAAACAAAAUCAAUCAACUACACGUAUGGAUUCAGAGAGGAGCUUGUAAACAGACUUGGGCCGAUUGAUGGGUUUGAGAUUUGGGAGCGAUUCAAUGUUGCAUUCUCGUGGAUGCCUUUGGCAUGUCUUGUUGGACACAAAAUUCUUUGCAUGCACGGAGGAAUUAGUCCAAAAUUGCAUAGCUUGAAAGAAAUCAAUGAAAUCGAUCGUCCAGUUGCAGAAAUUUUGCCAGACUCUCUGGCUCAAGAUUUGCUUUGGGCUGACCCAGCAGAUGGACAAGGAGCGAUGACUGUUAGAUCAACUCCGGAGUACGUUCCCAAUGGUGUCCGUGGACUUUCAUUUAUUUUCAAUGAGGCAGCCGUUCGUGAUACUUGUAAACGUCUGAAUAUCAAUCUGAUCGUUCGAGCUCAUCAGAUGAUUCCUGAAGGAUUCAAGUUCUUUGCUGAUCAGAAACUUCUCACGAUAUUCUCGGCUCCGCGUUACAUGAAUGAAACCGAUAAUCACGGCGCCACAUUGAGAGUCGAGACAGAUGGAAAACUGAAUAUUGGGCGUUUUCGUCAUAAGAAACUUCUUCAUGCAAAUUCAGCUGAUGAAAUCACUCGUGGAGAUGAUAUUCCUAAUUUGGAAAGAAAAAAGUCGGGUUCAAUGCCAGUCAAACAUUUGAAAACAUCGUCGUCGUCGUCGCCGUCGCACUCGAACGGCAAAAGCAAGGGCGGAGAGGGGCUUUCUCUUGGAAAGAUUUAGACUGAAAUUAAUAGUUUGUGUAUAAUUUCCAAUAUUUUUUGCAAGAAAAGUGUAAGAAAAAUUUUGAAUUUUUUGAAUUUUCAGGUUUUUUUUGACAAAAUUCAGUACAAAAUGAAUGACUAAAAUGAAUAAAUAUUUUAUUUGAAA